UUAUCAAAACACCAAUCUUGAAGAAAGGCGCGCAUUGAAUUCCUUGACCUCACACAUUUACACCUCUGCAAAUUUCUGCAGCAAAAUUGAGGGAAAUUAAACCCCAUAGACAACGAAAGCUCACAUGAUCAUUUAUCAUGAUUGCUAUUUCGCUCCCAAUUUUUGUUGCUGCAUUCAUUAAUUUUAGGGUAUGGGCAGAGAGCGCUGUUUCUCCUUAUCUUUACGGAUUUCGCGGUCGACUGAAUCGAAGAAGAAAUCGAGAGCAAUUUCUAAAUGGGUUGAGUUUGUUUUAUAAGUCGGGGCUGCUUCUUUGUUUCUUUCUUUGUAAUUUCUGCAAUUUCUCACAUUUUUGGCGUUUUCGUGUCGAGAAAACUUGUUUUUUUUCUGUUUCUGAAAUGAGAGGUUUUGGAUUCUUGUGUUUGCUCUUGUUGAUUGGGACUGCUGCUUUUGUUUACCAUGGAUUUUCUUGUGGAGGAAUAUUGAGCUCAAAUCCAGGUAUGGUUUCAAGAGGGAGCAAUGCUAUGGCAUUGGUACUGAAAAGCAGGAAGCUUAAGGAGAAUAGGGAUCCUCCUACACCAGACAAAGAUGAAGAUCGUUUCAGUUUGGAGGAUUACCAACCCAUUGAUCCAGUCCCAAACUCGAAGGCUUCAAUAAGACACGGACCCAUCCAGCACGGUACUCCUCUAAUGCCCUUUAUCCCACCUGCUCCUGGUAAACCACAACACGGCGGCUAACACUUUCUCCUCAUUGCUAAUAAUACCACUUCCACUGAGAAAUGAUGUACUAAUAACUAUGUAGUUUAUUCUCUCUGGUGUUUCCUUUGCAUAUUUUCCUAAUGUAACAUUUGUGUCAGAUGUGUGUAUUGUUAAAACCAUAAUCAGUGUUUGCAUUUAUCCCUUGAACAACCAUAUUACACUUAA